UUAUUAUGGAUUAUGGAAACAGUUGAUUAUAUUCUUGAUUAAUUGUUUAGUUUGUAAAAAUUCUGAAAACAGCAAUUCAUGCAAUGUCACACUUUCACAAUUCAAUUUCAUUGAAAAGAAAAUCCUUAACAUUCAGUUGACACAACUAUAAAAUCAUGAUAAAUGACCUCAAUGAUUAGCAAAAACAGUUAGUUAAUCCAAAAAUGUUGAUUUGCAGAGUAACUCAGACCACUUUUUCAGAUGAAAGACAUUGUAUAUAGGUAUUUAGUUUUGUUGUUGAUUAAUUCAGGUCAAAAUCUUGACAAAUUAAUGUAACUGUCAGGUCGGCAUCGACACCCAUGUCACAAACUACAUAGCAACUGUCCUGUUGUGCAUUUUUUUAAUUUCCCGAGGGCGAGGGAGGUAACAGAAUUUAGAAAUUAAGUUAGAGUUUGGCAUUAAUAUAUGUUAAUAAGAUAAACAAGUGUGCACAAACACUUGUUAUAUUAUAGUAAGUUUUUUUCUUUUGGCAAUGGCCUCUAGCUGCUUUUAGAUUGUCACAGGAAAAAUAAAAAGAAAAACUAAUAAAAAUAAAAACAGAGAUAUCUGUUGUGUAAGCUGUCAUUUUCCAAGGAGGAUUUACCAGUUACACGGUUGGUUAUGACCCCAGCAGACAGCGUUGGUCUAAUUUCCGAGCUGCAUUUGAAGGCAGCAUUAGUCGUGAGUUUCCCAUGUAACUCUCAUGUGAUAAUUUAGUUUGGCUUUUUUUUUUUUUACUUGUUGCUGUGCUCACACAAGCUCAUAGAAUAUAUUUUAGGAGAUGUUACAUCUCAUUUAGAAAAGAAAUAAAAUGAAAGUCAAGUUGUGUUGGCUGAACCCCCCCUACCUCCACCUCCUCACCCCCUCUACACCCACCCACACUCGGGGCUCUCUGGCGGAAGCGCAGCGGUUCGCUCCCCCUAGCGGCGGAGCUCACAGCCGCGUAGAGCGUCACACACACACACUCAGCGCCGGUGUCCGUCCCCCCCAGUCAGAGUGAAAGUUGUCUCCGCUUCGAAAAGCGAGGGAGCUCGGGACUCGCUGGUUACCACCACCGCCGCCGCUGCCGCUGCUGCUGCUGCUGCUUCACACGCAUUCUCCCGGAGAGAUGAGGCGGAAAGAGAAGAGGCUGCUGCAGUUCGCGGGGCUGCUCAUAGCGGCUCUUCUUUUCCUCCCAAACGUCGGGCUGUGGUCUUUGUACCGGGACCGAGUGUUCGACAACUCACCCGACACUGUGGACGGUCCGGGAGGCAUCCCCCAGAUACAGGGGGUUAACCGAUUGAACAAGGAUGCUCAGAUGGGACGCGAUGGAGUGCGGAGGAAAGACUGGCACGACUAUGAAGCAAUCAAAAGAGAUUUAUCUCGAUCUGGUAAUGGUGAACAGGGCAAGCCGUUUCCCCUGACUGAUGCUGACCGGGUCGACCAGGCAUACAGGGAGAACGGCUUCAACAUUUACGUCAGCGACCGGAUCUCCCUCAACCGCUCCGUCCCUGACAUCCGCCAUCCAAACUGUAAACAGAAGCUGUAUGCAGAGAAGCUGCCCAACACCAGCAUCAUCAUCCCGUUCCACAACGAAGGCUGGUCGUCGCUGCUGAGGACCGUUCACAGCGUGCUCAACCGCUCUCCUCCACAGCUCAUAGCAGAAGUCAUCCUGGUCGACGACUUCAGCGACAAAGAGCACCUGAAGGUGGCACUAGAGGAGUACAUGGUGCGGUUGCCAAAGGUUCGCAUCCUGAGGACCAAGAAGAGGGAGGGCUUGAUCAGGACUCGCCUGCUCGGAGCCGGCGCCGCUAAAGGAGAAGUCAUCACCUUCCUGGACUCCCACUGUGAGGCCAAUGUCAACUGGCUGCCUCCGCUGCUGGACCGAAUUGCACAGAACAGGAAGACCAUCGUGUGUCCGAUGAUCGACGUGAUCGACCAUGACAACUUUGGCUACGAGACACAAGCUGGGGACGCCAUGCGAGGGGCGUUCGACUGGGAAAUGUACUACAAACGGAUACCCAUCCCUACAGAGCUGCAGAAGGAUGACCCUAGUGAACCCUUUGAGUCACCAGUGAUGGCAGGUGGACUCUUUGCUGUGGACAGGAAGUGGUUCUGGGAGCUCGGAGGCUAUGACACGGGUCUGGAGAUCUGGGGAGGAGAACAGUACGAGAUCUCCUUCAAGGUGUGGAUGUGUGGUGGUCGGAUGGAGGACAUCCCUUGCUCCAGGGUAGGACACAUCUACAGGAAGUACGUCCCUUACAAAGUUCCUGGAGGUGUCAGCUUGGCCAGGAAUCUGAAACGUGUGGCAGAGGUGUGGAUGGACGAAUACGCCGAAUACGUCUACCAGCGUCGGCCUGAGUACCGCCACCUGUCAGCAGGAGACAUGACAGCCCAAAAGGAGCUGAGAAACCGCCUCAACUGCAAGAGCUUCAAGUGGUUCAUGGGCGAGGUGGCCUGGGAUCUGCCCAAACACUACCCACCGGUGGAGCCACCCGCUGCUGCGUGGGGAGAGGUUCGUAACGCGGGCAGCGGCAUGUGUAUGGAAAGUAAACACUUUGUGUCGGGGAGUCCAAUCCGUCUGGAGAGCUGUGUGAAGGGACGGGGCGAGGUGAGCUGGAGCCAUGGACAGGUUUUCACAUUCGGCUGGAGAGAGGACAUCCGGGUGGGCGACCCCAUGCACACCAAAAAAGUCUGCUUCGAUGCCAUCUCCCACAACAGCCCCGUCACCCUGUACGACUGUCACGGCAUGAAGGGGAACCAGCUGUGGCGCUACAGAAAGGAUAAGAGUAUUUACCACCCCGUCAGCAACAGCUGUAUCGACUGCAGCAUGACCGAGCGGCGGGUCUUCAUGAACACGUGCAACCCCUCCUCCCCCAGCCAGCAGUGGCUGUUUGAGAAAACCAACGCCACCGUGCUGGAGCAUUUUAACCAGGGCGCCAACUGAGGCCCUUCACAACAAAACAAUAAAAACAGACUCCUGACGCACGCAGACGUGGAUCUGCUGCUCCUGAUGCUGUCAAUUGGGGGGUUUUAUAUUUACUCUGGUUCCAACGUUUACCUGGCGCUGAGGUGACAGCUGUUUCUCUUUGGGGUGCUCAGAGCGAGGCAGGAUGGGAUACCGCAGGGGGGGAAUGGUGGGGGGGGGGGGUUGGUUAAACACAUCAGUUAGAGGAAAGACUGAGUUGAGCUCUGAUGGAUGGGUGUGUGUUUAAAAGUGACUUUGUGUGUGAGAUGUAUUUGUUCUGACACAGCGGCGCUGUGGCGGUGGGUCUGUCUCGCUUCCUGAUUUUGCUCUUGAUUAGUUAUCUGACAUUCCUCUCCUCUCCUCUCUUUUCCUGCCUCUGUUUCUCCUCUUCUCCUUUUUUUUUUACAGCCUCUCUUUCCACCACUUGUUCCCUCUCUAUCUAUCCACCUUUAUCCUCCGUCUCCAUCUCUUUCCCCCUCCUGUCUCUCCUGCUACGCCUCUGCCUGCACGUCCGUCUCUAUCUACCUUGCAUGACUGCAUCUUUGCCCACCUUCUCCAAUCCCCCUCUCAAAUCCCCUUAUGUCUCUCCAGCUCUGACAACCUCCCUUGGGGGCGGGGGGAAGGGGAGGGCUCCCACUGAGCCAAAGUCAUCCUGACACCUGGGUGAAGCCAGGCAGAACCACUCUGAAAAUCACCUGGUGAAUUGAUUCUCCUCUACAACCCCUCAUCCUGCCCUUAUGUCCCCUGCCUCCCCCCUUCCCGCCUCCCUCCUCCCCUCCGGCUCGUAGUCUCUCCUCUCCUUUCUCUCUGUGGCUGAUGUAGCAAGUUGACAACGAAAGUGUGACAGCGACCUCUCUCUGUCAUGCCCUUCGCUCCUUCUUCUUCUUCUUCUGUUUGGCACUUUCCUCGCUCUGCCACAUUUUACUCCUCAGAGUUGAGCGCUAUCUAACGCCGGGGUUUGUGCGGGCCAACUCUUGCUGGUUAAGGGCUUGUUUGCUAUGGUUGUGGUGGUGGUGGUCGAGCUGCUAUCACUCCUCUUAGAGUCUCCCUCCCUGCUUUCUGUACACCCCCCCCUUUUUUUUUUCUGCUGUUCCCCACUCGGCUCUGCCGAUCAGUCGCCGGAACGACCUCGUCACACACCGCAGGACCGCAAACCGACUGCGGGCCUGCCUGCCUGGAUGACUUGCUAUGUGACUGGCAGGCCAGCUGAUUCACAGCAUGGCUGUCUGAUUGGGUAGAUGCUGAGCUGACACAUCACUUUAGCGUACAGUGUGAGCAGGAGGGGAGACAAAUGGGGGAAUUAUGCUGGGUAGGCUCGCCGAGGUAGCUCUGGGAUUGAGACAAAUGUAGAGGUUUAAAAUGCAUAAAGCACUUGUGUAACGAUAAACUUGAAUGAAAUCUUAGUGCCUUGUUGGAAGAGGACUAGAUGUGGGUGUGUGUAUGUGUGUGUGCGCGCGACUGUUUUGUCCGUAUCGGCGUCGGGGUGAACGAUUCACUCAAAUCAGGAAGUGACUUUUCUUGAAAACUGAUAAUCUCCUGAAGUGAAGUUGAACACGAAUUGAGCUCGAGUCUGGCGCAGGACAUCGAAGGCACCGCUGGUUUUGUGACUGUUGUUCGGCUUUCUAAAUGAACGCAGGUGUAACUGCUGGCUGUGAAUAGAGCUAAAGAGACUUUUAGUUUUUUUUUCACCAUAUUUUCCUCCUGCCUUGAAAAGUUAACAGACCCUAAGAAGACCUCUGUUCUGUUCUCUUUUAUCCACAACAUGAUGCUGGUAUGUUUUUCCCACCUGUUAAAUCCAAAGUACUAAAAGUGAAUUGUUCUUGUUUACCACCAUUUUGAAUCCCUUUUGUUUAUUUGUUUUUUUUAAAGAAAUGUCCUUUCACCUUUUAUUCUGAUUCUGUGGUUCAGCUGAUGAUUUUAUUUGAAUUCCUGCUCAACGUCAUGUUCUGGUCUGUCGCCUGCAUCAUUCUCUAAUCCGAUUAUGUGAAGCUGAACAAUGUACAAUGUGUUGUUGUUUUUUUAUCAUCACUUCCAGGUAUUGUGCUCCGCUUGAUUUUUAACAGUGAAAAUGUAGACUGAAACAGAAAGAGGUCAUAUCCUCGGCGUACCUUAGUCGAAGGUAUCUGUAAAGUCACAAACCAGGCUGGCUUAAAUCACAUUCAGUUGUAGCAUUUACAUUUGUAGUGCAGGUUAGAUUGAAUUCUUUCCAGAUGAUAAUAGUAAUAAUUAGUUUUAAUUACAGACACAUGCAGGUUUUAUCAUUAUAUCAACUCGAUAUGUUGAUUUCAGUCAAGUCGUAAACACAAAUCUCACAGCAAAUCUUAUGUAUAUUUUAAAUAAAAUAUAAAUUUCUGGUUCACCCUGACAAGGAUUUAUUUGGAUAAUCCUCCUCUGCUAAAGACUGCUUCAGACUAAAGACAGAAAUCUGUGUUUUUUUUUUUAAUAGACAUGUACAGUCAUGGUAUUCCUGAGAUAUUUCAGGCAAGCUUUACUUUUCCAUUUUGAAUCUGCUCCGAGUUUAAAUUGAAUCAAAGUCAAAAGAUGCGUUAAAGAAAGGAGAUUAACAGUAUAUGCAGAACCUCCCGUACAUCCUCUGUCUCACGUCUCAUUUAUUUGAGUUGCAGUACGGUCACCUGUCGUACUCUGAGGAAAGAAUUUUAAAUAUAGUUCAGGGUCGCUCUGUGUCUGUUUCCUCUUGACCUUCUAGCUACACGCCUGAACAGCUUGUACAUGGUCAGAUUGUUAAGAGGUGAGUGGGAAUUGCUGCUUCAGAGUCACGGCUGUAGCCUAGUUUCCACUACAGGACCAAACUAAACACCCAUCUGACCUUUUUUUUACACCAUGGUUCCAGUAAAGUUUCUUUGACACAUCACCACGAUAACUUUAAAAUGAAAGUUCUGGUCAGAUCAGAAGUGUGAUGUGUGCUGUUCAGUCAGGUGACUAUUGUGAAUGACAAAGUUGUGUAGAGAACUGGAUACAUAAGGCAACAUUCUGGGCUGAAAUGACUCUUUGGUCAUAUUUUUCCAAUACGAUGAAACGUGAUAGCGACAUUUAGGAUGUUCAUAUUUCAGGUCUGUGUCUGUCAGUUUGUUGCGGAGUUCUUCUGCCCCCAAGUGGCCAAAAAAAUAUCUAUUAAUGCAGCUUUAAGCACUGGCUCACUCAGUAGAGUACAAGUUCUCGUUCGCAACCAACGCUCUUGGCUUUCUGACAAUAAAACUGCCUCGGUAAUGACUUAAUUCCACAAUUCUCAGUUCCUCUGGCCGGACUUUUACGCUCUCUUUAAUAGAACUUCAGCUUGAAUUCACAGGAGCAGAUGAUGAUUAGGAUGAACUGUUCUGUCGCACAGAUCCAGGGGAUUCGAAGUAAAGUGUUUGAACCUCUGUGGCCAUUACUGUGUUCUACAUAAAGUCCAUCCACCUAUAUGCUAUUUACAGGAGAAUUUAUUUGAGCUGCAUAAAAUAGAAAAAGGAAGUCUCUAGAGAAAUCAGCCAAAAGGAUGUUGCUAACUGUAUCCCUUGAAGUAAAGUUUCGGAUAAUUUUGUGAAAGUGUCAUAAUUUUUCGCUGAUCAGAGUAUAUUGUACCUUUCCAUUGCACAUGUAAAGUAUGUUUUGAUUUCAUCAAACUGUAACUUGGGUUGACUUAAGAGUCUUAAUGGUGACAGUUUACAUUUACUUUAUUUCAGCUUUUAUCCGCUGUGGUAAAGUAA